AUGAAGAGGGAAGAAUAUGAUUUGCUGGCCUUGUGGGAAAAACUCACAGGCAAGUUGAGUGAAUCAGAACUAGAGGAGGUUGCUGUGGCUCUACAAAUGAAUAAGGCAGCACUGAGGAGUAAUGAGGAGGGUGGAAGCAGAACCUUGAGGUGGGAAAAGCCAAGGAAAGGUUUUGUUAAAGCCAAUUGGGAUGCAGCAGUAGAAAGGAAGCAAAGGAAGGUGGGAAUUGGGGUAGUAAUUCGUGAUGAAGAUGGGGAACUUUUAGUUGCUGUUGAAGGUCAGAAGUUCAAUACAAAUCAACCUGCUGAGGCUGAAGCUCAGGCUCUGUGGAAGGCAAUGGUUAUAUGCAGAGAUCUUAGAUUGGAAAAGGUGAUUUUCGAGGGAGAUGCACAUGUGAUUGUCAAAGCUGUCAACAACGCAAGUGAAGAUUAUUCCGUUUAUGGUAGUUUAAUUGAAGGUAUAAAACAAUUGUUAAAAGGGAGGACAAACUGGAUAGUAGAAUAUACACACAGGUCUAACAAUGUAGCAGCACAUACCUUAGCUAAGGAAAGUUUAUUUUUACAGACUGAAUUAGUUUGGAUAGAAGAUAUACCUGAUAGUAUUCAAAGAAUUGUAGAGAGGGAGUGUUAUUGUAUUGAGUGA